AUGCAAUUUGCUCUCUCUGCCGUUGUCGCCCUUUUAGCUGCCAGCCCCGUCUCCGCAGCCAUUGUAACUGAGGUUGUCCAUGUCACCCAGUACGUUUACCAGGAUGUCAACGUUUUCGUUGACCAGAACGGUGUUCCUGUCACCACCGUCUCGAGCCUGGUGAGCACUAGCGAGAUCGCUGGUGCCCCUACUCCUAGCACUCCUGCUAACCCAGACACUCUUCAGCACUCUCACGCUGAUCACCCUACGAGCUAUGCUUCUAUUGACAAUAACUACCAGUACCAGGCUCCCACCACUGAGACUGACUCCCCCGCUGCUGCCCCCACUACCACCGUUGCCCCUGUUGCAGUUACCACUUCGUCCCCCGCUCCCGCCCCCUCUCCCCCGGCUGAGACUACUCCCGCUGCUGCCCCGGCUGAGACCACUCCCACUGCUGCCCCGGUUGAGACCACUACCUCUGAGCCUGCUCCUGCCCCUGUCACCACUUCGUCCCCUGCUCCCGCCGCUACUCAGACUGAGGGCUCCGGCUCCGGCUCCGGCGGUUCUGGCGAGACCUACACUGGCCAGGCUACUUACUACACUCCUGGCCUGGGUGCCUGCGGUGUGACCAACACAGCCAGCGACUUUAUCGCUGCUCUGAACGUUGACCAGUUCAACAGCUUCGGUGCCAUGUCCAACGGCAACCCCGUGUGCGGCAAGAAGGCCACCAUCACUCGCAACGGCAAGUCUGUUACCGUUACCAUCACUGACAAGUGCCCCGGAUGCAAGUACGGAGAUCUCGAUCUUUCCCCUGCUGCUUUCGACGCUAUUGCCAGCGAAGCCGAGGGUCGCGUUGACAUCACCUGGUCUUUUGAUAGCUAA